AUGUCUGCACACUCCAUGCUCUGUGAACGCAUCACCAUAGCCAAGGAACUGAUCAAGAGAGCAGAAUCACUUUCCAGAUCAAGAAAAGGGGGCAUCGAAGGUGGUGCCAAGCUGUGCAGCAAGUUGAAGGCGGAAUUAAAAUUCUUACAGAAAGUAGAAGCUGGAAAAGUAGCUAUUAAAGAGUCCCACUUGCAGAGCACUAACCUGACACACCUCAGAGCCAUCGUGGAAUCAGCAGAAAACCUGGAGGAAGUGGUCAGUGUUCUCCAUGUCUUUGGUUACACAGACACCUUUGGAGAAAAGCAGACCCUUGUGGUGGAUGUUGUUGCAAAUGGUGGUCAUACUUGGGUGAAAGCCAUUGGCCGCAAGGCUGAAGCUCUGCAUAACAUUUGGCUGGGCAGGGGCCAGUAUGGUGACAAAAGCAUUAUUGAGCAGGCUGAAGACUUCCUCCAGGCCAGUCACCAGCAGCCCGUGCAGUAUAGCAACCCUCACAUCAUCUUUGCAUUUUACAAUAGCGUCUCCAGCCCCAUGGCUGAGAAGCUGAAAGAAAUGGGCAUAUCAGUGAGGGGGGACAUAGUAGCAGUGAAUUCUCUGUUAGAUCACCCCGAAGAGCUCCAGCCCAGUGAGAGUGAAUCAGGUGAUGAGGGCCCUGAACUUUUGCAGGUGACCCGGGUAGACCGAGAAAACAUCCUAGCAAGUGUCGCGUUUCCUACAGAAAUCAAGGUGGAUGUGUGCAAAAGAGUCAACCUGGACAUUACUACUUUAAUCACCUACGUAUCUGCGCUCAGCUAUGGAGGCUGCCACUUUAUCUUCAAAGAAAAAGUGCUCACGGAACAAGCAGAGCAGGAGAGGAAAGAGCAGGUUCUGCCGCAGCUGGAGGCAUUUAUGAAGGACAAGGAGUUGUUUGCUUGCGAAUCUGCUGUCAAGGAUUUUCAGUCUAUUCUAGAUACCUUAGGAGGACCCGGGGAGAGAGAGCGAGCUGCGAUGCUGAUUAAGCGAAUUAAUGUGGUCCCAGACCAGCCUUCGGAGCGUGCCUUGAAACUAGUGGCUAGUUCAAAAAUUAACAGCCGCUCAUUAACAAUUUUUGGGACAGGAGACACCCUGAAAGCCAUUACAAUGACUGCCAAUAGUGGUUUUGUCCGGGCUGCCAACAACCAGGGUGUUAAGUUUAGUGUAUUUAUCCAUCAGCCAAGAGCGCUUACUGAGAGCAAAGAGACCCUAGCUACCCCCUUACCAAAAGACUGCACAACUGACAAUGAACACUAA